UCGGCUUUUGGGCCUUCUUUGCCUGCUUAUGUAUAUGAGCCAUACAGAGUGUAAUCCGCGCAUCAUUCCUGACCUCUCUGCAAGCUCAACAACGCACAUGGAAGCAGGUGCCAAGAGAGAAGCAAUGUCAUCUUCGCUGGGCACUGAAGCGGAUCAAGAGCACAACGGCAGUGCCUACACCAUUGCAGCUACUGCUCAUGCUGUAGACACAGACUCAUGGCAGCAGGUGGGCCUGCUUCUUGUGACCUCCUUCAACUGCGCCUAUGUGCUUAGCUUCUCCAACCUCAUGCUGGUCCCCUUGGGCUGGGGGUGGGGCAUCGCCUGCCUGCUUAUCGUCGCCGCCGCUGCGUGGUAUGCCAACUGGCUCCUCGCCGGCCUGCAUGUCAUCGACGGCCAGAGGUUCAUCCGGUACAGGGACCUCAUGGGCUUUUGUCUUCGGCAGGAAAAUGUACUACAUCACUUGGUCCCUGCAGUUCAGCAUCCAGCUUCUCGGAAACAUGGGCUUCAUCUUACUGGGAGCAAGAGCACUCAAGGCGAUCAACGUGGAACUCAGCCACUCCCCUGCUAGGCUGCAGUGGUUCAUCCCUGGAACCGGAACCGUCUUCUUCGCCUUCUCCUACCUCGUGCCGACGAUCUCGGCCAUGCGGAAAUGGCUCGCGAUGACGGUAGCUUAUGACGUCACCCUGCUGGCCAUCCUGGUGAAAGAUGGGAAAUCGAACAGGCAAAAGGACUACGGCGUCCAUGGGAGCCCAGCGGAGAAGGCGUUCAACGCGCUGGGCGCCGUCGCUGCCAUCCUCGUCUGCAACACGUCCGGGAUGCUCACGGAGAUACAGCAGUCGACGCUGCGGUCGCCGGCGGUGCGCAACAUGCGGCGGGCGCUGGCGGUGCAGUACACCGCCGGCGCCGCGGCCUACUACGGCGUCAGCGCGGCGGGGUACUGGGCGUACGGGUCGGCGGUGUUGGAGUACCUCCCCGACCAGCUCGGCGGGCCGAGGUGGGCCGUCGUGCUCAUCAACGCCGCCGCCUUCCUGCAGAGCGUCGUCUCGCAGCACAUGUUCACGGCGCCGGUGCACGAGGCGCUGGACACGCGGCUGCAGCGGCUGCACGAGGGCACGUCCUCCCGCUACAACCUCACGCGCCGCCUCUGCGCGCGGGGGCUCGUCCUGGCCUUCAACGUCUUGGUCGCCGCGCUGCUCCCCUUCAUGGGCGACUUCGUCAACCUCUUCGGCUCCUUCGCGCUCGUCCCGCUCACCCUCGUGUUCCCCAGCAUGAUCGUCCUCAAGAUCAAUGGGAAGAGCCGCGGGAGAUGGAGCAGGAUCUGGCACUGGGGCAUCAUCGCCGUCUCCACGGUUCUCGGCGUCGCCACCACUGCCGCCGCCGUCCGUUUGAUCUUCCAUAACGCCAGGGUUUACCACUUCUUCGCCGACAUGUAACGGCACCAAACCAAAGAUCCAAAGAGCGCAGGGUGCAAUGGGUUCAGCCGUUCAGGUGCUUCCGCACGGCACCCUCCAUAAUCCAUAUGCUUGCUAUAGCUCGUAUACUAAUAUACUAUACACCCAGCGGGUACAACAUCCAUGCACGCUGCACAAUUUCAUGCUGGUUCAUUACAAGAAAAGGCCAACUGACGAGCAUGUCAGCAUCAAACUCUCGAUCUGUUGCAGCACAGCAAUCAGGUUUUUACAACAUGCAUCAAAUCAAAUUAACAAAUUUCGGACGAACAAAAA